UCCUGUGCACUGUGGCUGCUGCCAACUCGCAAGUUGCCUUCAAAGCGAAAAACAUUACAGAAAAUCGAAAUCAAGUGCGUAAAUAAACAUAAAAUACAGGCAGGACGCGUAAAUAGCGUAACGUAGCAACCGCUAAGGCGUGCAAGGUGCCGGCUGCCUAAGCAAUCGGCUCCGAGCAGACGUAGCCUUCUUAUUGUUUGGGCUUGUGCGUAUGUAUAUAUAUAAAUCUAUAUGUAUGCGUGUGUGUGUGCGUGUUGUAUUUGUGCUAGUAUUGAAACAAUAACAAGCCCAGCAAAAUGCCAAUGAAUUAUAACGGAGCAGCGUUCAAUGCGGUCGCUGCCUUUGUGCUGCUGCAGCAGCAGAAGCAGCGAUGAUUCAUAGCCCGCAAUAAUUGUUACAGCAACAACAAUAACAACCGUGGCCGUGCCUUAAUAUAAUAACGUAGAGCAAUAAAACAUAAAACAAACCAUUCACACGAAUCGGUAAAAUGCCGCUGCUGUCCAAAUGCUUCCCUUGCUUCAAAUUUAAACGCGAAGAGGUCAUCGACAAGCUGGACUAUAGCAAUACACCGCUCCAGGAUGCCUUUCCCGAGGUGUGGCAACACGAGCGCACUCUCGAGGAACUGCAUCUGAGCAAUGCGCGGCUGCAAACAUUGCCACCGCAGCUGUUCUACUGCCAGGGACUGCGAGUCCUUCAGGUGAACAGCAACAAUUUGGAGAGCAUACCGCAGGCAAUUGGUUCGCUGCGUCAAUUGCAGCAUUUAGAUCUGAACCGCAAUCUUAUUGUCAAUGUGCCGGAGGAGAUAAAGGCGUGCAAGCACCUGACCCACUUGGAUCUCAGCUGCAAUAGUCUGCAACGUCUGCCGGAUGCGAUAACAUCGCUGAUAUCGCUGCAAGAGCUGCUGUUGAACGAAACCUACCUGGAGUUCUUGCCGGCCAAUUUCGGACGACUCGUCAACUUGCGAAUCUUGGAGGUGCGCCUCAACAAUCUCAUCACGUUGCCCAAGUCAAUGGUCCGCUUGGUGAAUCUGCAGCGACUUGAUAUUGGCGGCAAUGAGUUCACCGAACUGCCUGAGGUCGUUGGAGAACUAAAGUCGUUGCGCGAGCUAUGGAUUGAUUUUAAUCAAAUACGUCGUGUGGCUCCCAAUAUUGGCAAACUGCGGGACCUGCAGCAUUUCGAGGCCAAUGGCAAUCUGCUGGACACACUUCCCAAUGAGCUGAGCAACUGGCGGAAUGUCGAGGUAUUGUCCGUGUGCUCCAAUAAUCUGGAGGCGUUUCCCUUCAGCGUGGGCAUGCUCAAGUCGCUAGUCACCUUUAAAUGCGAGUCGAACGGGCUCAGCGAGCUGCCCGAUAGCAUCAGCUACCUGGAGCAACUGGAGGAGCUGGUGCUGAGCCACAAUAAGCUGAUGCGUCUGCCCAGCACAAUUGGAUCGCUGACCAAACUGCGCUUCCUCUUCGCCGAUGACAAUCAGCUGCGGCACCUGCCCGACGAGCUCUGCAGCUGCAGCCAACUGAGCGUGCUGAGCGUGGCCAACAAUCAGCUAUCUGCGUUGCCGCAAAAUAUCGGACAUUUGGCCAAGUUGAAGGUGCUCAAUGUGGUUAAUAACUACAUUAACGCGCUGCCCGUUUCCAUGCUGAGCCUGGUGAAUCUCACGUCUCUGUGGCUCAGCGACAAUCAGUCGCAGCCACUGGUGCCGCUGCAGUAUUUGGAUGCGAGCAGCAAGACGCAGCUGACGUGCUUCAUGCUGCCGCAGGUGACAUUAAAGAUGCAGGCGCAACAGCAACAGCAGGUCCAGGAUCAAUACGAAUUCGUCUACGCGAAUCAUGCGCAACAGCCGCAGCAUCCAUCGAGCCCAUCACGUCGCAUUUGCUUCGCCGAAGAGACGACCAUUCUAAGUGCGGGCGACACCAAUAGCAAUGGCAAUGGCAAUAGCAACAGCAACAGCAACACGAACACCAACAGUGCACCACAUCCCGCGCGCAGCUACCCCGCCAGCUAUGUGACGGCGCCGCCCACGCCGGAGCAGUUGCCCGCUGGCAGUUCGGUGCGUCUGAUGCGUUCACCCACGCCGUACCCCAAGGAGCUGCGCCAAAUGGCCAAGUAUAUGCGACAGGCGCAGGCGGCGAAUGCAGCGGCAGCGGCUGCGGCGUCAGCGUCAUCGAGUGAGGUGCGCGAGGCGCGUGUCGUGGUGCCCAAUGGCCAAGUGGCCAUGCCACACUGUGAUAGCAAUCAGGACGCUGUGGAUCACACAGCAAGUGCAAUAUAUGGCGUUGCGCCCGAGGCGGCCCACAUUUAUGGUGUCUAUCAGCCGGCGCAGCAACAGACGCCGCAAGAAUAUUAUGGCAUGCCGCUGGUCAAUUACGAUGCGCACUACCAGCAGCUCUAUGUGGAUGCCAACACGUUGCCGCUGCCAACGACGCAUUUGUCCAAUGGCACCGAGGAGAACUAUGAGCUGCAGCCGCUGCAACCGCCACCGGCGGCGCCACCACCACGCAUGGAGCCGCCGCCUUAUCACAUAGCGCGAGUGUAUACAAAGAAGACGCCAGAAGAUCUCACGCUCUACGAGUCAAUGCGACAGCGCAAACACCAACAACAACAGCAACAGCAGCAGCAACAACAACAACAGCAGCAGCAGCAACAACAAAUGUCGCCAACACAAUCACUCUACGAGCAGAGCAACCAGAGCUACCAGGAUGCACUAAACAGCAACUUCAAGACGACAGCAAUUGGUGCGCAAUCUGAGGAGCUGGACUACCAAAAUAAUAUCAACAUUGAGCAGCUGGAACUGCAGCAGCAGCAGCCGGAGCAGCAACAGGAGGUUGAUGAGCUGCAACAGCAGCAGCAGCAGUUGCAGGAAAUGGAUGAUACGUUAUCGCAGCACUCAGUCAACUCCACGGCCACCAACAAUACGUCCAGGGGUGGUAAAAAGUCAACCUGGAUAUUCGGGGUGCACAAGAAUCCGACUGUUAAGCAAGUGACGCUCAAAUGGGAGCACAGCAUCGGCUUUGAUGUAGCCGAGCUGCUUAAUCAAGUGGGAAUCUUUGUGAGCGCCAUAACGCCAAAUUCGAAUGCUGCGCGGCUGCUGAGCCUCAACGAUAAGCUGCUGGAGAUCGACGGCUAUGACCUGACCAAUGCCAAUCUGAGCGAUGCCAAACGUGUUCUGCAUAAUUGCGGCACAGUUAUUAACAUAAUGCUGUCACGCAAGUGACCGGCCCUUUCAUGCCCCACUCCCCCCACGCCUCUAUAUACCGAGACCGAAGACUUUUGCGCAUUUUUCUAAGGCAAUUUUGCAAUAAGCUAAUUGAAAUCUAGCAAACCAUAAACAUUAACAAAUGCAUUUCCAAGCCAUAAACGUCCUUUGCACUGGCGCCUUAAACUUAUAGUAAUUAGAGUCACAGACGACAUAACAUAACCAGCUUCCAGUUGAUGCAUUUCAUUUAGUUAGAUACGAUAUCAAAUGCCAUUGUUUAUGUGUAAUUCUCACUAUUAUGUUCUCAACAAAUUGGAUUCUCUCGUUGGUUUAAAACACAUUGAUUAUUAUAUGCGAAAAGGUGGUUUAUAUUUAGAUAUUCGAACUGUAAAUUAAGUUAAAUGUAUUUCACUUUCUCGCCUCUGAAACUGUUUUCAAACUUGUUACUUGAUCAUAAUAAUUGUAUUAAACUUGAUAGCUUAAGCAUUAAUUAAGAAUGAAUUAGGUUUUCGUGCGGAGUUUCAAAGUGAAAGAGUACUCGAUUGGUAUUCACAGUAAAGCAAUAUAUUUU